UCGUGGUACUUGUCUCCUUGUUUUUGGUGCCGGUGCCAGCCGAGUUUGACAAUGGCUCUCUCCAUCAUGUCUUCAGGAGAGGUUCUCCUGUGUUGUUUAUGAAAAAUAGUUUUCGAGGUUAUAUAGAGGACAGAACAAUGGGGGAUGCCUCGAAUAUGGCGCCAGAACUGGCAAAGUAUCUCUUCGAAAACGGAGGAACGAUAAUUAUUACUGACGUUCCCAAAGGUACAGAUUUCGGAAUUGAUUUGAAGUCCUGGAAUACAGGAGAAAACUUUAAAGGAAUGAAGAUGAUACCGCCUGGAUUGCAUUUCAUACAUUACAGGGCGGUGAAUGAACUAGGGGAAUUGUCUCCAAGAGUUGGAUUUUUCCACAUAGUCAAGGAAAAAGAAAUACUCGUCAAGAAGUGGAGUAAAUUGGCAGAGGAUCUUGAUGAUCAAGAAAUCAACGAAGAAAUUGUUAUGAGAUUCAAAGAGAAUCUGAAAGAUCUUGAUAAAUUUCUCGGGCCCUAUCCUUAUGAUAUGUGGAAGCCUUGGAAAGACUUGACAAGCAAAAUCGAUGAUAAUCUUAUCGAGAGGUGUCGACCGUUAUGUGGAUACGUCAGAUCUGCUCUGGAAUUGGUUCACUGUGACGAUGCGUCCCGUCCAAGAGGUAGUCAAACUCGUAAACGAAGACAUCACGUGAUGACUCUUGAAGAAAAAGAGGAUCUCUUGCUGCCGGACUUAAAACCUCUGCCAGGAACGGAAUUAAGAUUGACCCAAUUACCAGACAAAUAUUAUCCUGACGAUGCGACACCCACGGAAAUUACGCAAUACUCGUUGGACUCGAGUUAUGCACUAAAUAUUCUGUUGAAAAAAGUCAAGGACCCAGUGGAAAUCAUAGGUGAACUACAACUAUCUUUCGUGUGCUUUCUUGUGGGCCAGAGUUGGGAUGCUUUUGAACACUGGAAAAAACUCAUUUCCCUGAUAUGUCGUGCUGAUCGAAUUAUUCCAGAACGUCGUGUCGUAUACGUUGAGUUCCUACGAACACUUGAAAUACAGUUGGCCCACGUCUGCGAAGACUUCCUCUGCGAUAUUGUUUCCAGCAAUAACUUUGUUUAUCACCAUCUUCGCAUCCUCUUCUCCAACAUUGAAUCGAAUUCCGAGGUUGACGGUAGAUUGAAAUCUGAAGCUGCGAGAGCCAGGAACAGAUUAACCAGCAAAUUGUCGUGGGAUUUUGAGAACUUACAGGAUGAAGAGGAUGAUGAAGCCCCUGUUGUUGUUGCCAUCGAAUAAUUUCUCUUUAAUUAUUGAACGGAUGGAGAUAGAAUUAAUUAUAUGGAAUCAAAAAUAAUUAUAUUGUUGUAUAAUGAUUGGAUAAAUGGGGACUCUCUUUCAAAUUAAAUUCAGAAUUCAAUUGAAUAGAAUUGAUUUUCCAUUUUACAUCUUUGAAUGUUCACAACACAUUCAACUCGACUGUUGGUGAUAGUUCAAUGUCGUACGUACAUUUGAGGCUUCUAUUCGGGUGGGUCAAUGCUGCCAACGACCCCGAUUGAUUGUGACAAUUUUAUAAUAUGAAGACGAGACUGGUGCUAUUCGCGUAUUUUCUUAACUAUCGAUCCGAAAAAUAUGAAAGAUGUACCAUUGAAAGAUCAUGGACGAUUUAUAUUAUGUAACUAAGGGCAAUUUUUUGGUUCCUUUAUAAUUAUUAAAAAUCAUUUAGAGGUAGUGCAGAGGAUAGCGGUAUCGUCUAUACAUACCCAGCAACACUCGGCCUGAGUCGAUUAGAAAUGGACAUGCAGAGUCAAAACUUUUUCUUGCCCGAUGCCCUGUCGGGCAUCUCGAUAAUCACCCAAUUGAUAAUCAGUAAUUGGAAAUUCACAAUAUAUAUUAUGUUUUAAGAAUGAUAAUACAUGUCAAUCUUUACUGAACUGAUACAUCAAGAAUUUGGAAGAUCUUCAGCAGUCGCCCAUGCAUAAAUACAACAAUUUAUUGGAAAAAAGUCUUUGAACAAUAUUAAAUUGUUCCAAACGUGGAAGUAUUCGUCAUAUUUAAUGCGUCCAGUGUUGGUCCUUUUCUCCUCGGUCUCUUCAUCAUGUUGACAAUGUAAGGGUCGAGUGUUGCCUAUCGAACAUAUAGAAAUGACAAAAGUUUUUGAUGAAUUUCGUAAUGUAAUGAUUCUUAAAUAAUGUGUCUUAUGGUAAAAUCAGCAUUUCAAAAUAUUCCAGAGAGUUUUUAAAAAUUAAAUCUAUUCAAAUUAGAAUUUUGAAAUUUUCAAAUGAUUAAAAUAAUUAGAAUUUUUAAAAAUCAUUUCUCCAACUGCUGCCCAAGUUAUUCUGAACCACUUUGAUAUACUGACCGCUAUUGAAAGUGACUUUAAUCAACACUGAGAAUUAAAUAAAUUAAAUUAAUAGAUUCAGUGGAUAAACAUCAAUGCCUUCCUCACAUUUAUAUAAAAAUUGAAUGUAAAAAUUAUUGAAAUAUGUACGAACACGCACUGAUUCAGUUUCUGUAGAAGGACUCUCAGCUUCACCGAUUCCUCUGUCGAGAUCCACAAAUUUUAAUUCGUCGGGUUUCACCGAUCGGCUCAUGGCUACGGCACAAACGGAUAGAACUCCAAAAAUGACAAACCUCAUUUUUUCUUGGACAAAUGUAGUUGAGGUCUACUAGUCUCGGUGCUUUUAUAGCUAGUCUCAUCCGAAAAAACUACGUCAUUAGUCUAUUCUAUCUCUGAUAUUAGGGAGGAACCACUCGAAUUGUCAUUGCGUGAUUCAUAAAUUGAACUCCACGCUCAUAAUGGCUGAUUACGUCUAUACACGAAAUUUCCUAAAAUUUAUCGAUUUCAUGGUCCAGCAUUAUUUGAUGGACUAAAGUGAAGAAUAUAGGAGAAUGUGCCAUGAAAUGCCUCGGAAGCUGAGCAUUCAUUGUUUCACAGUUUAUGAAGAAAUUGAUAUAAAUUAAACGUACGGUGGGGAGUGCUAGUUAAAAUCUAGAAGAUAAAUUAAACGUAUGGUGGGGAGACAUAGUUAGAAGUUAGGAGAAAGAGUAGAAAUCACCUUCAUAUUAACCCCGAAAAUCAAAUCUUGAUUUUCGAUCAAUGUUUCAAAUCAAAUCAAGCAAAUAAAAGUUUGAAUCAAAUCGAAUCUACCGAAUAGGAUCGAUAGGUUCGAAUUUAUCAUAUAUUCCUUUGGAUUUCCUGAAUAUUUCAUCGACUUUUAAUAGUUCUGAAAACUUAUUAUGGACGAUAACAAUGGAAUUACAUAAAAUAAGAUAUUUUUAAUAGAAUAAUGAAUAUGCAAUCAACAAGAUAUAUUUCGUAAAUUUUUUGCAAAAUAUUUUUUCUGAGUAUAUUCUUAAAAUUAUCUCCAUUAUAAAUAAUUUAAGAAAUGUAUUUAUUCUUCUUUUUAUUUACUUCAAAAUGUCUCCAUUAGUCAGUUGCAAUAGUAAGUCAAGUACACCAUAUCUUCAUUACAUUGCAUGAAUUACAUGAAUAAUUUCUUUAUUUUUUUUUGUAGAAAAAUUGGUCUGUCUCAGCCUUCACCGACACCGAAAAUAUUGACGCUUUGAUUAUUCCAAAUCCAGUUAUGUCUGCAGUUUUCAUCAGCAUCGGUUCUUCUUUUUCCUUAGCAAAAUGUCUUUCUGUCUAAGUUUCUAUAAAAGUUAAAAAAUAUGAGAAUAAGAUGAUUGCAAGACGAACGCGAAAACAAAAAUACAAUUCUCAAAAGUUUUCAUUAUUCUACAUACUUUCUAAUGACAAUUAACUUAUCGAAGAUGACAGUUACCAUGGAAGUGUUGGACGUGGUCGUGGGGGAGCGGGUGCUCUGAUGAUGAAGUUGUAAUUCGUAGCUGGAGUGUCCUUUUAACGAAUACAGAAAAUAUGGAUUGAAGGCCCCAAAUAACGGAAACAUCAAUUCAGCUCAAAACGCUUUAAUUUUCAGUUUUAAUUUUCAAUGUUUUUUGGCAAUAAUUAUAUUUCAAGUAAUAUUAUCCUCGAAUUGCUUUUUCCGUUGCUUUCAACAAGCUUGUCUAUAGUUGUUAUUAUGAAAGUUGGUUUUUAUCAUGUAACGAUUGCAUGUUCAGUGUAAAUUUAAUAGAAAAAUUGAUAAUUAUAGAGUACGUUGUUUUAAGCCAUCACAUGCACUCCGUUUUCGGCUGUGUAAUCUCAUUAAACCACAAAUUUUCAAUUAUUUGUCCAAAAACCACUCCACACUCCUUUUUUUUUCAUCACACACUAUAAAAUACGCACACGAGGCGCAUGCUUAUACCUAAUUUAUGGUAAAUUUAUGCUUAUAAUAACAUACUGCAGUUGGAGAGGCUUCAUGGAAGGGUCCAGCGAUUCCUCGGUUAUUAUUCUUUGCUGUCUUCAAUCUCGAACAGAUACAUCUGCCCAUUCCCACCAUAACACACGUCAUCAAAAUCAUGACUAUGAGAAAUUUCAUUUUGUUCUUCAACAACUAACUAAACUAACGCUCAUCCAUGCUUUUAUAACUUAAUUAAACUUCGUCACACUGAAAUUGCCUGAGCCAUCAUUUCCUGAUCGCUGACGCUCGAGAACAAGCUGAUUCUGUUAUCUCUACCUACUGCAUUUGACGUAUAAAUCGAGCGUCAGAGUAUAAUCUCUGUGACUGUCCUGGCGGAAAUGCAGUAGUUGAAAAAUAUAUUAUUGCAGUCAUGAUGCUGGGGCGCCUAAAAUAAUUGUCAUUAAUUAUCAGGAGAGAAAAAUUGAUUAGAACGGAAUGAUUAUUUUGUUGAUUUCGUUGUUUUAUGAAGGGAAUGGGGCUUCGAUUAUUGGGCCUCUGAAACAGACCCAUUUGGCAGUUAAAAAAUCGAAGAAUUAUUGUGAAAGACAAUCCAGUUUUUAUUAAUUAUGACCGUUAUGAAGCAUGUCGAAAUAAUUUCACACCUUUUAUGUUUGCUUUUUUAUUUAUUAUCAACAAUUCAUAGUAAAUGUAUAAUAAAUUUUGUUUGAUAAAAUCAGUAUUGUAUCAGCUUCAUAUUCAGUAGUUCCAUCUCCAAAAACAAUCCAUUGUGACACUGGGAUUCCACUCUAUGAAUUUAUUCAAAGCCUCUGUUCGGGAUAAAAUGUCAAUAGAAAUUGUUCAUGAUCUUAGUAAAUUACAGAGCUGGAUAUCAAUGAAGAUACUUACAGGAUGUGGUGGACGUGGAGGAAUUGGCAGUGGUUUUGGACGGCUUGGCUCGGGCUCAGGUGCACGACGAAGUCUCUAAUGUCGGGAAAGAUUAUAUCAUUAAACAAUUCAGAUUCAGGUAACUUGAAAACAAAUUCAGCAUUAAAAUCGUCCAAAACAAUAAGUCUAGGAUAUAAAGGUCACUGUUUAAAAAAUCUUAUAUUUUAAGAUAAGUGACGUAGGGAUUUUUCUUCUCGUCUUCGAGUCUGACGACAAUGCCACGCGAUGAAAAAUCCCUAGGGAUCCUUCCAUGAAUAGUAUUUUUCCCCAGUGACUUUCACUUUCUGGAGUUGGAGGAAGGGUUAGUGCCAACCCCUGAGCGAGGAAAAAUGAAGACCAGUACGGAAAAUGAAUUUUAGUGGAUAGCUGACUAUUAAUUUCCAGAGUUUUGACACUGCGUGCAAUUUAGAAAUAAGAAAUCAUAAAAUUUCAGAUUUCAUUAAAAAUUCUACAAGAUUUCAGACUUUUUCGCCACAGGGCGAUGAGAAUUCCUUAGGUUAUUAACAAUUAACAUCUAAUUGGAAUAUUCAGUGACAAAUUAUAAUGUAUCUUCAACAAAAUGUCAAAUUUUCUAAUUUUUUUAUG